AUGUACAAAGGCAUGUCGAGGAAUGCAGCCACCUGGGCCCGCCCCAUUGACAUGAGCGCUGCUGUACUCCAAGACCCGACCGCAAUGCGAGCGUACACCGGAAACAGCCGCAUGUAUGGCGCUGGCGCCCGAGAAGCGGCGGAUGAGCGAUUGAAUGAGGAAGUCAAGGCCCGCCAUGCCGCCCGAAGGGGAGUCGCUGGCCGACAACAACGCACCACGGACCAGAACGUCCACGACAAUUCUCUUGCGGUAAUCGACGAGCAGCUUGCUGACGCCCGUCGACGCCGCGAGUUUCUCGAGGAGGAGUUGGAGAAGGCAAAGGCGAUUGAGGAUACUCUCAAGCGGAAGAGGGCCAAAGCAGUAUCCAACAACAAUGUUCAGCAUUUGGAGAAGGGAAAGGCUGAGAAGGAGCGCAUGCGACAAGCUGCUUUCAAGCGAAAGCUAGAGGAGUCAGGUGGGAAACCAAGUGGUGUGACGAAGCGGGCCUCUCCAAGUAAGGUACCAGCAGCGAUUGUGCGCAAGUUUGGGAAUAAGCGGUAG